UAUAUUUGUUUCAGGAAAAAAUAGCCUGAAGAAGUCAGGAAGAUCCAGGAAAAAAUCUGCUACCUACUUUUCUUUGCUUAAACUAAUGUAUUUUCGGGUAUUGGAGAUGAAAUUAUCAUAAAUCACAGUAUCUAAUCUAUCUUUUUGGCCCCAUAAAACACCAUCGUCACGGACGAAUGGCUGGUAUUUAAAAAUCAAAUCGGCCAUAAACAAUAAAAUGGCGUCCGGUUUUUUGUGUGUGCAAUGAAGUAAUUGUUUUCAUGAAAUAGGAAGAUAUAGUGUGAAUUUUACGAACUGUAAUGUUUUUUUGGUGAUCUUGCAGCACAAUGAACCUCAAUAACUCGUUUAGCGUGUUCAAAGACGUGCUUUUUGUUGGAAAUGAAGUGCGUGUCGUAUGUAGCUAGGUAGCGUCGUCGUCGUGCGCCGCCUUUAAUAUUGAGUUGAUUAGGGCAAAUCAAGUGGAUUCUUCGAUUAAGAAUGGUUUCCAAAGACGGGGCGGUAUAAUUAAGGCUAUAGGAGGACUAUUAGUGCGUGUGUUAGUCGGCGUUACGCUAGUGUGAUUGAUGGGUACGGUGCGCUAGUAGUUGUGAAAGCGAGCGUACAUACAUGUUCGCGAUGUUAAAACUGUCAUGAGGACUCGUGUUUACUAUCAAAUAGUGGAUUUGUGUUGGUCUGUUUGUUUUUAUUUUUAUGUUGUGAUAAAUAGUUGUUAAAAAUGUGUAUGCCUACGCCAAGCAAUGUGUCGGGCUUCGGAUAUCAAUGGGGCUUCACGAGCUCUGGAGAUCUAACGAAGGGCGAGGUUGAGACCCCUAGCAGCCUCAGUUACACCCUGGGGAAUAUGGUGUCCCCAGAAACAACCCUAACCGUGAUGUCUCACAAAACGCCACAAGUCCAAGAGAAGGUUGGAACAGUCUCCGUAGCUGUCAGCAAUACCGGCACACAAGUAACCAGGGUUGUCACUGCUGGGACUCCAGUAACGGCACGGAGAGCUAUGUUUGUCCUGAAUGAGACUCCACACACAAUUAACAGAGUUUCACAGAAUCAGACGGCAACUAUACAGACCCCUAUAUUUACAGCCACAAACCUCGCAGCAAAGCCCUUCAUGACCCCUAUCGGGCCAAUUCAGCUGACCGCCGAAGAAUGCAACGAGAUCCUCAUGAAGCGGGCCCUGCAAGCCCAGGGCAUCGCCACACCAGCUGUCAUAGAUGCUUCACAGAUCAAUCAUACUAUACUUAAUGGUGGGCUGAAGAGUCUAGCGGAGGCAACGACACAGCAAACACAGGUGGAAACGAUACAGACGACCACAGGUCAUCAACAUCAUCAGUUGAUGCAUACGAAGCAGGAGCCUGGGACGGCUAAUAAUUCGCCUAAAAGCUACGAGUUGGUCAGCUUCGAAGAUGGGGAAACCUCCGCUACAGUAAUACAGCACACGCAACUGCAAAAUGCGGUAUAUUCGCAGACGGAGCUGAUGUCCACGACGACCAUGUCGGCGGCGCCGCCGGCCGCCAUAAAGGAGCGCCCGUACGCCUGUGACGAGUGUGGAAAGUCCUUUUUGUUGAAGCACCAUCUUACUACGCAUGCGAGAGUGCAUACUGGUGAGCGGCCGCAUGUGUGCGCGCAUUGCGGGAAAGCGUUUGCGAGGAAGCAUUGUCUGAAUACGCAUCUGUUGCUGCAUUCGGCGGAUAGGCCGUUUAGGUGCCAUGAGUGUAAGAUGGCCUUUACGCUGAAGCAUCAUUUGGUUACGCAUUCAAGGGUUCACAGCCGAGACCGACCGUUCGUGUGCGGCGAGUGUGGGCGCGGGUUUCCCCUGAAGCGCCACCUCGUCACGCACAGCAAGUACCACGCCGGCGAGCGGCCCUACGUCUGCAGCGACUGCGGCGAGAGCUUCGCGCAGAAGGUGAGUGUCUGAACACACACAGCCGGGGCUCCUGAAGCGCCACCUCGUCACGCACAGCAAGUACCACGCCGGCGAGCGGCCCUACGUCUGCAGCGACUGCGGCGAGAGCUUCGCGCAGAAGGUGAGUGUCUGAACACACACAGCCGGGGCUCCUGAAGCGCCACCUCGUCACGCACAGCAAGUACCACGCCGGCGAGCGGCCCUACGUCUGCAGCGACUGCGGCGAGAGCUUCGCGCAGAAGGUGAGUGUCUGAACACACACAGCCGGGGCUCCUGAAGCGCCACCUCGUCACGCACAGCAAGUACCACGCCGGCGAGCGGCCCUACGUCUGCAGCGACUGCGGCGAGAGCUUCGCGCAGAAGGUGAGUGUCUGAACACACACAGCCGGGGCUCCUGAAGCGCCACCUCGUCACGCACAGCAAGUACCACGCCGGCGAGCGGCCCUACGUCUGCAGCGACUGCGGCGAGAGCUUCGCGCAGAAGGUGAGUGUCUGAACACACACAGCCGGGGCUCCUGAAGCGCCACCUCGUCACGCACAGCAAGUACCACGCCGGCGAGCGGCCCUACGUCUGCAGCGACUGCGGCGAGAGCUUCGCGCAGAAGGUGAGUGUCUGAACACACACAGCCGGGGCUCCUGAAGCGCCACCUCGUCACGCACAGCAAGUACCACGCCGGCGAGCGGCCCUACGUCUGCAGCGACUGCGGCGAGAGCUUCGCGCAGAAGGUGAGUGUCUGAACACACACAGCCGGGGCUCCUGAAGCGCCACCUCGUCACGCACAGCAAGUACCACGCCGGCGAGCGGCCCUACGUCUGCAGCGACUGCGGCGAGAGCUUCGCGCAGAAGGUGAGUGUCUGAACACACACAGCCGGGGCUCCUGAAGCGCCACCUCGUCACGCACAGCAAGUACCACGCCGGCGAGCGGCCCUACGUCUGCAGCGACUGCGGCGAGAGCUUCGCGCAGAAGGUGAGU